GAAAACCCCACAGGCCACAAGGCAGCCAACUGUCCUAAGAAACAAACCCCUCUCUGUUUCUCUCGUUGUUUUGUAAGCACCAGCCACAAACACACCCCUUCCCUUGCUCCCUGAACCUUUCUAUAAACUCUCUCUAACCAUUUCUCUCAGGAGCCUGCCAGUUUUUUCUGUGGUCCCCCCCCCCUCCCCUCUCUCUCUAUAUAUAUAUAUAUUGAAGAAUAAGAGACGCCAAAACCUGAGAAGAAAUGGCGACGAUUAACAAUAUGUCGACCAUAAUGUGUAGGGAUCAUCGGAUUUUGUCUUCGUCGAGUAAAUUGAGUGAUGUGUUUAUGUUGGAAUCAAGGCUUAGAAAGAGAUGCUUCUUUCAAAAUCCCAACUUUACAGUUAGAUCCAUGAAAGUCAGGGAGCAGAACCAGACGGCAAACCUGGUCUCUUCUAAUGGUCCUUUAACUGCCUCUGACAAGGUGAACUCUCCUUUAGAGCUUCUGACCAACAACCAAACUUUGGUGAAGGAAAAGACAGAUCCAAUCUCUCGAAGGAAAACAAAAAUAGUUUGUACAAUUGGUCCUUCCACAAGCUCACGUGAAAUGAUAUGGAAACUGGCUGAAGCUGGAAUGAACGUGGCCCGCUUAAAUAUGUCGCAUGGAGACCACGCUUCCCACAAGAUAACUAUUGAUCUUGUUAAAGAGUAUAAUGCACAAUCUGAUGACAACGUCAUUGCCAUAAUGCUAGACACCAAGGGUCCUGAGGUUAGAAGUGGAGAUGUGCCUCAACCAAUUAUUCUUGAGGAGGGAAGAGAAUUUAAUUUCACCAUCAAAAGAGGAGUCAGCUCUGAAGACACUGUUAGUGUAAACUACGAUGACUUCAUAAAUGAUGUGGAGGUUGGGGACAUGAUACUGGUGGAUGGUGGAAUGAUGUCAUUGGCUGUGAAAUCAAAGACAAAUGAUCUAGUUAAGUGUGUGGUAGUUGAUGGUGGAGAACUAAAAUCAAGGCGCCAUUUAAACGUGCGUGGAAAAAGUGCAACUCUGCCUUCAAUUACAGACAAAGACUGGGAAGAUAUCAAAUUUGGGGUGGAUAACCAAGUUGAUUUUUAUGCUGUCUCCUUCGUGAAGGAUGCGGAAGUGGUUCAUGAGCUAAAAGAUUAUCUCAAAAGCUGCAAUGCUGACAUUCAUGUGAUUGUAAAAAUUGAAAGUGCUGACUCCAUACCAAAUCUUCAUUCAAUAAUUUCCGCAUCUGACGGGGCAAUGGUUGCUCGUGGAGACCUUGGUGCUGAACUUCCAAUAGAGGAAGUCCCUUUAUUGCAGGAAGACAUCAUUAGAAGGUGCCACAGUAUGCAGAAACCAGUUAUUGUAGCGACAAACAUGCUGGAAAGCAUGAUUGAUCAUCCUACACCAACAAGGGCUGAGGUUUCAGAUAUAGCAAUUGCAGUACGUGAAGGUGCUGAUGCAGUCAUGCUUUCAGGGGAAACUGCCCAUGGAAAGUAUCCUCUUAAAGCUGUUAAAGUCAUGCACACAGUGGCAUUGAGAACAGAAUCAAGUCUGCCAGUAAACACAACAGCACCUACCCACAACGUCUAUCAGAGCCAUAUGGGUGAAAUGUUUGCUUUCCAUGCCACAAUUAUGGCUAACACUCUCAAUACACCCAUCAUCGUCUUCACAAGAACAGGAUCCAUGGCUAUACAUUUAAGUCAUUUUCGGCCUUCCUCAACAAUAUUUGCCUUCACAAAUGAAGAAAGGAUAAAGCAGAGGCUGGUACUUUAUCAGGGUGUCAAGCCAAUAUAUAUGCAGUUUUCAGACGACGCAGAGGAGACCUUCUCUCGAGCACUCAAGCUACUAUUGAAUAAAGGUCAAUUGAUGGAAGGGCAGCACGUUACCCUUGUCCAAAGUGGAGCACAACCUAUCUGGCGUCGAAAAUCUACUCAUCACAUACAAGUUUGCAAGGUCCAGUCCUAAUUUUGUAAUGAUAACGGGUUUUUGUUUGAGCAGCUGAACGUUAUUUUAUCUUUGUUUAAUUACGAGUUUUGUUGUUCCAAGUGUGAACUUGAAAAAUCCUAAUGAGUUUGAAUGCCUCAAUGACAAUUUUUUUUUGCAAA